AUGUCAUCUCUCUGUCACUCCUCUUUCCAUUGGCAAGCAGUGCAGCAAAAAGAAAAUGUUGGCUACUUCUGCUCCUACUACCACUACUUCGCUCCCUUCUCUUCAUCCACUUACCUAUAGUGCCAUUCCAGCUCCCUCUCUCAACCCUUCUUUUCUUUCUUUCUCCUCCUCCUCCUCUUCUUCUUCUUCUUCUUCUUCUUCUUCUUAUUCAUAUCUUUCCCCUCUCUCUUUUGGUCUCCAUAGCAAAACCCAUGUCAGGAUUAACCCAAAACUUAAGGGAUUGAGGGUAAGUUGUUCAAAAAGUGAACCUUUGAAGGUGAUGAUAUCAGGUGCCCCGGCAUCAGGUAAGGGCACCCAGUGUGAGUUGAUUGUACAAAAGUUUGGAUUGGUACAUAUAUCAACAGGGGAUCUCUUAAGAGAUGAAGUAUCAUCUGGGACAGAAAUUGGAAAUAAAGCAAAAGAAUUCAUGAAUGCUGGGAAGCUGGUUCCGGAUGAAAUCGUGACGGCUAUGGUGACAGCCAGAUUAUCACGUCAAGAUGCUAAGGAGAAAGGGUGGCUUCUUGAUGGAUAUCCAAGGAGUUUUGCGCAGGCUCAAACUUUGGAAGAAUUGAAUAUUAGACCAGAUAUCUAUAUUGUAUUAGAUGUUCCUGAUGAAAUUCUAAUCGACAGAUGUGUUGGGAGACGGCUAGACCCAGAGACAGGGAAAAUUUACCAUGUAAAAAAUUUCCCUCCUGACUCAGAUGAAAUUAAAGCAAGAUUGGUUACCCGUGCUGAUGACACAGAGGAGAAAGUGAAAUCACGACUAGAAAUAUACAAGAAAAAUGCAGCAGCAAUCUCAUCCACAUACACCAGCAUAACGAACAAGAUUGAUGGAAACCGUUCGAAAGAGAUCAUUUUCAAAGAUAUAGACUCCUUGCUGUCUCAACUGCAGAAAGAUAAAACAGCAAAAUCAGUGAAACCAGUUUUUCAAGCUGAGAGCCGUUUAAAUCUGGCAUCUUCAAGCAGGGAUAAAUGGAGAGGCAUUCCUACUAGAUUGAAUAAUGUUCCUCACUCAAGAGAAAUAAGAAAUUAUUUCUAUGAUGAUGUGCUACAAGCUACAGAGAGAGCUGUCAAUGAUGGAAGAACUCGACUAAAGGUUGAGAUUAAUAUCCCAGAGCUGAAUCCAGAAAUGGAUGUGUACCGAAUAGGUACCUUAAUGGAGCUUGUACGAGUUAUUGCUCUUUCAUUCGCUGAUGAUGGAAAAUGUGUCAAGGUUUGUGUUCAAGGUUCUAUGGGAGAGGGUGCACUUGCAGGAAUGCCCCUGCAACUUGCUGGUACUCGGAAGAUCUUGGAAUUCAUGGAUUGGGGUGAUUAUGGUGCUAUGGGAACAUUUAUCAAGAUUGGUUCAAUAGGUGCCAAAGAGGUUGAUGAACAAGAUGACAUGUUCAUCUUAGUGGCUCCACAAAAUGCUGUAGGGAAUUGCAUUAUAGAUGAUUUAAAAGCUAUGACUGAUGCUGCUGGGAACCGGCCAGUUAUUCUUAUCAAUCCUAGACUCAAGGAUCUUCCAGGUUCAAGUGGUAUCAUGCAAACUAUGGGUCGGGACAAGAGACUGGAGUAUGCAGCUUCCUUUGAAAGUUGCUACUUCUUCAGGCUUCUUUAUUAUGCUGGAACCCAGUAUCCAAUUAUGGGUGCAAUUAGAAUGACUUACCCAUCUGUUUAUGAACUGCACAAGAGGGUGGAUGAACCAUCUGGGAAGGAGAAGUACAUUCCAUUAUCAACAUUUACAGCAAGGCCAACCAUUGAUGAAAUCAAUGACGCCUUCCUUGGAAAACCAAGGAAUAAAGAUAAGAAAGCCUCUGGAAUUUGGGGUUUUCUGAGUGGUGUAUUCUGAGUACAACAGAAGUUGUUUAACCACAACGCCCUGAGGUACAACACAUCACAAGCAAGUUUGUAUAUGUAGUAAGUAUUACCGAAAAGAAUAAAAAAAAACAAACACUUAUGCUCUUUGAACUGUCUUGCAAUCCUAUCCCAUCCGAUAUUCCAAUUUUUUCAUUCUAGGAAUAAGUUGGACGUUACAUAUGCUUGAGGGUGCAGGUUAAGCCAGUUAUUUUGCUUUAACAAAUAUCAGUCCAGCUAUCUUUUGCCCCUUCAGUUUUAUAUUCUUGGGAGGAGGAAACUUAAAUAUGUAUGUUGGUUGAUGAUAGGCUGUAACCUUGAGUGAUAUUAUGAUAACUAGACCAUUUGGUUUGAGUAACAUAAAACUAGUUUAGAA